CCAGCUUCACCAGAUCUCGGGAUGGACCCCAACUGCUCCUGCUCCACCGGCAGCCCCUGCACCUGCUCCAGCUCCUGCGGCUGCAAAAACUGCAAGUGCACCUCCUGCAAGGAGAGCUGCUGCUCUUGCUGCCCCGUGGGCUGCUCCAAGUGUGCCCAGGGCUGGGUCUGCAAAGGGGCAUCGGACAAGGGCUCGUGCUGUGCCUGAUGUGAGGACAAUGCCGCUCCCACCUGUAAAUAGUAUGGACCAACCCGGAGUUUUUCAUGCGGCUCUACCCUGUUUACCAAACCCCCUUUUCUAUAAAAUAUGUGAAUAAAAGCCAUUUUGAUUCU